AUGAAGAAGGUGCGGUUUGAGUUUGACGUCGAUGCGCCGUGGCCACUGGCGCUUCUUGCUUAUGAUCGCAAGUCAUGGGGCAUCCCCAACCCGGCCAUCAAGGAGGUGCUCAAGUGUGACUUCUCUGACUGGGAUGUCAACCCACAGCUCCAGCAGACUUCCUUUAAACGGCGUGUUCAAUUCCGUAUGCCAUUUCCUGGGUGGUUCAUGAAGCUCCUCACCAACGACAGGGAGGCGUUCUUGGAGUUUGACACACUGAUUGACCGGAAGAACCAGCAUGCGGUGGUGCACGGCGUCAACUUGACCAUGCGCCAUGUCAUUGAGAUGACGGAGGACAUGGAGAUCUUUGCGGACCCCGACGACCCGCGCAAGACGAAGAUGGUGUAUGUGAUGACAUACCAGCUCAAGUUCAGCUCGUGGGUCUCCACGCGCCUGGAAAACCUCAUCAACUCCCACUACGGCAAGGCCCUCAAGCGCGGGCGCACCCUCGACCACAAAUUCAUUCAGCAGUUCAAACGAAAGCACUCUCUCAAUGCCAUUCCCCUGACGCGCUCCGAGCAGAGCGCAAUGGAGAUCUACAAGGCGCGGCUGGACACGGUACUGCCUGAGCGGGCGAGCAUUGCCAGUUUCGAAGCCGAGGACAUUGACAGCGGCACGGGAAACUCCAAGACAACCGGAGACGAGACGCCGCUCGCUGACGGCGCCAGCAGUGAUGGCGGUGCAGCUGAGGAUGGGGAUGAAGCUGCCAAGCGAAGCACCGGUGUCAACAGCGAGCAUGCACAAACGCGUCGCCCGCACGCACUUCCACUCUCUGCCUCAAACGACGAGCUCGGUGGUGACAGUGGCGGUGAUGAUCACGGUGCUUCAGCUGACAGCGCCGACGUGCAGGGUGAUGAAGAUGAGGAUGACAUCUUUGUGGACGCAAGGCAGGGCGAUGACGGUGACUACGGCAAGACCGACAGUGCGGCGGAGUGGAGUGACGCGCCAGCCUCAUCCGCACACCAACAGCGGCGCCAGCAGCAAGUGGAGGCGGCAGCGAGUAGCUAUGGGCGACUCGAGAACAAGCGCGCACACGCUGGCACUCGCGUUGGUGACGACGACGAGGGUGCAUGGCCGUUUCCGAUUGCCUUUGACACGCUACUUGUGGAUCCAGAACACAGUGUGCCUCGCACCCACGUGUAG